AUGGGACCGGGCCGGGUCUUGCUGUUUCUGGCCAGCAUAUUCCCUUUUGCACGUCCGGGAGCCGCUGCUGAGCUCCACAGUCUUCGUUACAACAUCACAGUGCUGUCCCAGGAUGGAUCUGUGCAGUCAGAGUUUCUCGCUGAGGGACAUCUGGAUAGUCAGCUCUUCGUGCGCUAUGACAGGGAGACGCGCAGGGCAAGGCCCCAGGGACAGUGGGCAGAAGCAGUCCUGGGAGACCAAGAGACCGAGGACUUGACAGAGAAUGCGCAGGACCUCAGGAGGACCCUGACUCAUAUUGAGGGCCAGAAAGGAGGUUUGCAUUCCCUCCAGAAGAUUAAGAUCUGUGAGAUCUAUGAAGACGGCAGCACCGGGGGCUUCUGGCAUUUCUACUACGAUGGCGAGCUCUUCCUCUCCCUAAACCUGGAGACUCAGAAAUGGACAGUGGCCCAGUCCUCCAGAGCUCAGACCUUGGCUAUGAAUUUCUGGAAGGAAGAUACCAUGAAGACCAACACACACUAUCGCGCUAUGCGGGCAGACUGCUUGAAGAAACUACGGCGAUAUCAGAAAUCCAGGGUGGCCGUCAGGAGAACAGUGCCCCCCAUGGUGAACGUCACCCACGGCGAGGCCUCAGAGGACAACAUCACCGUGACAUGCAGGGCUUCCGGCUUCUAUCCUGGGAAUAUCACACUGACCUGGCGUCAGGAUGGAGUAUCUUUGAGCCAUGACGCCCAGCAGUGGGGGGAUGUCCUGCCUGAUCAGAAUGGAACCUACCAGACCUGGGUGGCCACCAGGAUUCGCCAAGGCGAGGAGCAGAGGUUCGCCUGCUACAUGGAACACAGCGGGAAUCACAGCACUCACCCUGUGCCCUCUGGGAAGCCACCGGUGCUUCAGAGUGAACGGCUAAACCUUCUGUAUGUUCUUGUUGCUGUUGCCGUUGUUACAGCAUUUAUUAUUAUCUGUGUUCAUCGUUGCAAGAAGAAGAAAACAUCAGCGGCAGAGGGUCCAGAGCUCGUGAGCCUGCGGACCCUGGAUCAACACCCGGUUGGGACCGGAGACCACAGGAAUGCCACACAGCUCGGAUUUCAGCCUCUGAUGUCAGCUCCUGGGUCCACUGGCUCCACUGAGGGUGCCUAGACUCUACAGACAGGUGGCCGGGAUUCAACUCCCUGCCUGGAUCUCACCAGCACUUUCCCUCUGUUUCCUGACCUAUGAAACAGAGAAAAUAUCAGCACUUAUUUAUUGUUGUUGGAUGCUGCAAAGUGUUAGUGGAUAUGAGGUGUUUGCAUCUCUGCCAUAUAGAGAGCAGCAAAGAGAUCAUGACCAACUCAACAUUCCUUUGGAGGCUAUAUGAUCAAACAGCAAACCGCUUAUCAUGAAUGCAGGAUGUGGGCAAACUCAGGACUGCUCCUGCCUCCUGCCGACAGAAGAUUUGCUGAGGACAAUCACUCCAUGGUGCUCACUGAGGUUAUCUACUGGGUCGUCUAGAGCCUAUUGUUCGAGGAAUGCAGUCUUGCAAGCCUACUCUGGACCCAGCAGCUGACUCCUUCUUCCACCCCUCUUCUCGCUAUCUCCUAUACCAAUAAAUACGAAGGGCUGUGGAAGAUCAGGGAGCCCUUGUUCACGAGAAGCAAGGAGCCCCCUGACCCCUUGUUCCAAAUAUACUCUUUUGUCUUUAUUCCCACGUUCAUCCUUCGUUCAGUCCAGUACAGGGUUGUGGGGCCCUUAACAGUGCCAUAUUAAUUGGUUUCAUCAUUUCUGUUGUGUGUGUGUGUGUUUGGUUUUUUUGGUUUUUUUCUUUUUUUUUUUUUUUGAGACGGAGUCUCACUCUGUCACCCAGACUGCAGUUCACUGACUUGAUCUCAGCUCACUGCAACCUUUGCCUCCCAGGUUCAAGCAGUUCUCAUACCUCAGCCUCCCGAAUAGCUGGGAUUACAGACAGGCACCACCACACUCAGCUAAUUUUUGUAUUUUUUGUAGAGACGGGGUUUUGCCAAAUUGGCCAGCCUAGUCUCAAACUUCUGACCUCAGGUGAUGCACCUGCUUCAGCCUCCCAAAGUGCUGGGAUUACAAGCAUGAGCCACUGUGCCUGGCCUAUUUUAUUGUAUUUUAAUAUAUUUUAUUAUAUUAGCCACCGUGCCUGUCCUAUUUUCUUAUGUUUUAAUAUAUUUUAAUUUAUUACAUGUGUAGUAAUUAGGUUAUCAUAGGUAAGCUUUGUGAGUAUCUUGGUGAUGACUCCGGACCAGCUUUCUUGUCACCUUGAGGUCCCCUCGCCCCGUCACACUGUUAUGCAUUACUCUGUCUAAUAUUAUAUGUGCAUAAUUUUAUACCAUAGAUGUUUACUCUUUAAAUAGA